UCAUUUCCGGAGUCUUCCUGUUCGCUCGUGGCUAGAGGACGUUGGUGUCACCGACGAGAGAGGCUCCCGAGGUAUUCCUAUUUUCACUAAAUCACUUAACGAAGUAACGGAAAGAAGAUGUUUUCCCGGGCUGUAAGACCUACCCUUUGCUUCGCUCGGAGCCUGUCCACCUCUUCACAGAACAACGCCAAGGUGGCGGUGCUUGGGGCUUCUGGCGGUAUAGGCCAACCGCUAUCCCUGCUGCUCAAGAAUAGCCCCUUGGUGAGUCAACUCUCUCUGUAUGAUAUUGCCCACACACCCGGGGUAGCUGCAGAUCUCAGCCACAUUGAGACAAAAGCCCAGGUGACCGGCCACAUGGGUCCCGACCAGCUCGAUGCUGCUCUGCAGGGCUGCGACGUCGUGGUUAUCCCCGCUGGUGUACCCAGAAAGCCCGGCAUGACCCGAGAUGACCUCUUCAACACCAACGCCACCAUUGUAGCCACCUUGGCCGAUGCCUGCGCUCGCAACUGCCCCGAGGCUAUGAUCUGCAUUAUCGCCAACCCUGUGAACUCAACUAUCCCUAUUACAUCAGAAGUUAUGAAGAAACAUGGAGUGUACAACCCCAACAGAGUGUUUGGUGUCACAACCUUGGACAUUGUCAGAGCUAAUGCCUUUGUGGCAGAGCUCAAAGGUCUCGAUCCAGCUCGUGUCAAUGUCCCAGUAAUUGGUGGUCACGCUGGGAAGACCAUCAUCCCUCUCAUUUCCCAGUGCACCCCUAAAGUUGAAUUCCCUCCUGAUCAACUGGCUGCCCUGACUGGUAGGAUCCAAGAGGCUGGCACUGAAGUGGUCAAGGCCAAGGCAGGAGCUGGAUCUGCAACCCUCUCCAUGGCGUAUGCUGGUGCCCGCUUCACCUUCUCUGUCCUGGAUGCCAUGAAUGGAAAAGAAGGUGUGGUGGAGUGCGCCUUUGUCAGAUCUGAGGAAACAGAGUGCAAAUACUUCUCCACACCUCUCCUCCUGGGCAAGAAUGGCAUUGAGAAAAACCUUGGGCUGGGCAAGCUGUCCGCCUUUGAGGAGAAGCUGAUUGCUGAUGCUGUCGGUGAGCUGAAGGCUUCAAUCAAGAAAGGAGAAGAUUUUGUAGCUAAUAUGAAGUGAACAGUAACUAUUCAAUGCUUCAACAACAAACAGCAGUUGUGAUGGAUAAUUUGUUCUGUCUUAAAAGGCAGCAGGGUAGUUUAAGAUCUGUUGGUGACGUCUCCUUUUUUUUUUUUUUCUUCUUUUUUUUUUGCUUUUGUUUUAGCAAUGUGGUCAUCAUGGUGUUUCCCUUACCCUUUCCAAAUAUAGCUUUAGCCUGUAUGUGUGAUUUGUGUACAUACUGUACUGUGACUUUUAUUUGCAAAUGUCAAACUUUAAAAAUGAAGUCCAUAUUUUGUGUACAGUUUGUGAAGAUUUCUUUGCAGAGUGAUUGAGGAGGAGAUACUGUCAUGCCUGCUGAUGCACUUACAGUAGUGUUACUGAUGAGCAAAAUAUUCACUCCACCAAUAAACAGUUCAGCUUUA